GUGAGAAGGACUUCUGAUUUUAUUAUUUGCAAUCGUGAGAAAUCUUAAUGUUUGAAAAUGGUGGAUAUAUCAGUUGUAUGUCGAACAUGUAUGAAAAAUCAUGGUGAUCUUGUGAAUUUAUUUGUUCCUAUGAAGAUGGAACAUAACUGUGAUAUGUUAUAUGUGGAUGCACUUGAGACAGCUUCAACUUGUCAGGUCACAAAAGAAGAUGGUCUACCACAAAACAUUUGUAUGGAUUGUGCAAAUAUUUUAAAAAUUUUAAUAACAUUCAGAGAAAAUGCUUUGAAAUCUCAAGAUAAUUUGAAAAAGUUAAUAUACUUAGAUAAUACGUUAAAAGAAGAAUUAAAGGACGAAGAUGAUAAUACAUACAAUGAGAUGAAAAUCUGUGAUAACUCAAUAUUUCCUAAGAUUGAAAAAACCGAAGAUGAUUUUUACAUAUGUCCCACAUGUCAAAAACAAUAUACACAACAUAAGAGAUAUUUAAACCAUUUAUUAACACACGAAAUAGAACAAACCAAAGUUAAAUUAGAAACAGAUUAUGACAGCAUAGAUAUAUUCGGUGAAUCAGAUUAUUCAGACCAACUAUACAAAUGUGAGGAAUGUGAUAAAACAUUUAAUAAAGAACGAGCAUUAAUAUCACAUAGAAGGAAACAUAAGAAUUAUGUAACAAAAGAUAAAAACUUUGAAUGUGAUUAUUGUCAUAAAAUGUUCUCGAUGAAAUCACUUUUGAAACGCCAUCUCAAGUUACAUUCCACAAACAGACCGUUCCAGUGCAAUCAAUGUUCCAAAUCUUAUACAAGACAAGAUCAACUUAUAGAACAUAUAAAGAAACAUGACAAAGUCAAAGCCCAUGUUUGUUCAUAUUGCAAUAAAGGUUUCUCUCAAUUAUGUAGUUUGAAGGAACAUUUAAGGGUACAUACAAAAGAAGCUCCAUAUUUAUGUUCUGAAUGUGGUAAAAGCUUUACAAACAAUUCUAAUCUACGUCAACAUAUGAUACGACAUUCCGGUGUCAAGCCGUUCUCAUGUACAUUCUGUCCUAAAACAUUUAGUACUAAAGGUCAGAUGGUAAGCCACAUAGCGACGCAUACAGACGCGCAUCCUCAUAAAUGCGACGAGUGCGGCGCCGCAUUCACCAAACCCAAUUCACUAAAGAAGCAUAAGUUCAUACAUCGCGAUCUUAAGGCCUUCGCCUGCGACACUUGUGAUAAGAGGUUCAACUGCAAAGACCACCUGAAGCGUCAUCAGCGCGUGCACACCGGGGAGAAGCCGUACCGCUGCAGGUACUGCGAGCGCGCUUUCUCACAGAGCAAUGACGUCAUCAAACAUAUGCGCAUGCAUGUCGGACAGGAUAUAUACCAGUGUUCAGUAUGUCAUAUGAAGUUUCGACUAAUGAGGGAUUUGAAGAAACAUUACCCAAUACAUUAUAUUAAUGAUUCUAACACUCCCACAGUGCCGGUGGGGAACGGCAUGAUGGCACCAAUAAUGGUACUAAAGACUGACACCGAUGUCCAAAAUGUCACACAAACUGACAUCAUGAUUACAGUAAAUGACACAUUAUCAAAUGGUAUUAUUAUAAAUAUACCACCGCAAGAAACAUAGUAUGCUUUAUUUCAAAUAAAAACUAUGAAAAUUACAUUAAAAAAAAAACAGAAAUUUAGAAAAAAAAAU